CUUCUUUUCUUUUCCGUUUUCUUCCCUCUGUUCCUCUCUCUUUCAGUAGAGUCAGUCAGCAAGCCGCGGCGGAGUAGAAGCAACAGCCGUUACAGCGCUCCAAGCAAGAAAAAGCCCAAAAUUUUAGAGAGAGAGAGAGAGAGCCCCUCUGGCCGCUCUUCUACUUCCUCAAAGAAAACCCCAAUUUCGCUUCAAGAGGGUUUCGUUUGUUUUCCCCUUUCCGAGGUUGAUCAUGGCUUCUUUUUAGCUGAACCCACUCCGCCCCGCCCUCGGUAACCCAAAAAGUUGUUGAAUGUUGAGACAAAAGGGUUUGUAGGAGUGAACUGAAUGGGGUCUCUGAAAAGGAAAAGUAGAGGGACCGAUUAUAUGGAAGAUGAGAGGAUGCAGAGGCGAAAGAAGAGAAGGCACAUGGCUGAUUUAAGUCACGAGGGUUAUCCAUCGAAGAAUGGUAUCAGUGGUGGCAGCACUGCCAAAACCCGGACAAGAACUAGGGGAAAUUUGCCUAACCAGGGUGCUAGUAACGACCAUCAUUAUCCUCCAGAUGAUGAUUACAAGUUCUUCUUGGAUAGCUUGGGUCUGGGCCUUCCGUCAGCAGCUGAUUCCGGUGACCGGGUUGGUGGUACUAGUGGCUGUGAUAGUGAAGCCGCCACUCGGGGUAUGUGUUCUGAUCUGAAGGGGGACUGGCCGGACUUGGACAUUGACCUUUUCCAACUCUUGGCUGAGAAAGGUGGUGGUAGCAGCAGCAUUAGAGCAGAGGAUGAUGGCGUCGGUAACGGUGGGGAUCCAGGUGCUACCAGUGGAUGUGGCACGUCUAUGGAUGGUGACAAUGAAGCUGCUCGGUAUGUAGACGACUCUUAUCUCCGGGCAUGCUACUCCGGUGAUAAGAAUGGGAUGAGUUGCAAGGAUGAUACUGGUGAUGAGGCUACUGAUGAUGGUUGUGAUGAUAAGUCGGGAGAUAGCUUUCAUGGUAAUUCUGAGUUUGUGGAAGAAGCCGGUGAGAUUGGAGGCUCUGGUGAUGAUGAUACGUCUUUUGACAAUGUAGCUCCUGCUGAAGAAGUCGCAGACCAUUGCAGGCAUUUCGAUCUCUCGGAUCCAGAUCAAACUGCUGAUGAUGAUAUCCUCGAAGCUUCUGAUCCGGCAUAUCUUAGUUUCUUAGAGAACCUGAGAGAAGAUGGGACUGCAUACAGUGUCGAGCUACCUGUGAGCAAUGGAAAGUCACUAUCUUUUGUUUAUGAAAAGCAAUAUGUUUCUCGUGGUCAAUGUGACGCUGGUGAGCCAAGACAGACUUCUUUACAGCGAAAGAAUGGAGAACCGGAUAUUUGUCUGGGGCUACGUUGCGAUGAAACUCAAGGUCAUUGCCAGAUAGGAAAUGAAGGAGGUGCUGGAUGUGAUCCGAGAGUUCCUAAUGGAAGCAACAAGAGUUUAUUGACGGGGAGGAAGUUCUCUUACAAAACUGAAAAUGGGGUACGCAGUGGAUUUAGAAGAGAAGAGAAGUCCCAAAUGGAAGACCUUUUGGAGAGAGAGAGCAAAAGGAAGGGGGAAGAACGUGGGGAUUCAAAGGUUGCGUGUGCUAGGGAAAGGAGGAGCUGUUCAUCCUUGAAACCAAGGAUCAGAGAUGAAGCGGGAGAUGCACCAGAAAAUGCAUGUAGGACAGAAGCUCCAAUGCCAGCCAGGGUUCAGUCGAAGUCCGGAGACACAAGAGAGAAAAAUGUUCUAGUACCCAGUUUGGUGAGAGAUAAAACAACUGAAACUGUGCCUUGCCGAGAGAGCAAAAAGAAGGGGGAAGAACGAGGGGAUCCAAAGGUUGCGUCUGGUAGGGAGAGGAGGAGCUGUUCACCCUUGAAACCAAAGAUCAGAGAUGAGAAGGGAGAUGCACCAGAAAAUGCACAUAGCAGAGAAGCUCCAAUGCCAGCCAGGGUUAAGCCCAAGUCCGGAGAGACUAGAACAGAAAAAGUUCCGGUACGAAAAGAAGAACAGAAAACGAAAGCUCAGAAGGAUGUGAGCGACAUGCACGAUACGAAAAGAAGACGUUUGAUUCCUGACAGAACACAGAGAAAAGAGUCCUUGAAUCCUGUCCCCUGUGAAGAACCUGCAACAACUAAAAUGCCUUCGAACAAAAAUGAACAGUGCAAACCGAAAGUAGAGCUGGAUGACAUGCAGGAUAGGAAAAGAAGACGUUUGAUUUCUGCAGAAACACUGAAAAAGGGGUCCUUGAAUCCUGUUCCCCGCGAAGAACCUGCGACAACUAAAACGCCUUCAAACAGAAACCAAUGCUGCAGGCCUAAAAUAGAUGAGGAUCAAAUUGACAAAUGCUAUGAAAUAUUCCUCUGUUCUCUGAAGAAGAAGCCAACACACAUUGAAUUUGUCCCUUCAGUUGGCGAAAGAGUGUUAUAUCAUGACUAUCCCACCAGCUAUCCCACCAGCCCAUCUGAUUCAGAUUUAAUGGAGAUUGAUGCCGCCACCUUUGCUAAUGACGUCAACACUCCAUUCGUGCUAGCAAAGAACCAUGGAAUCAUUGAUCUUGACUUGGAACCUGAAGAAGGCCAUGGUGGGAAUCACUACAACUCUGUGUUCAGGGUGAAGCUUCUUGAGAAUCUAAGAAAGCCUUACGACCGGAGAGAGUACGAGGAGUUGUUGAAAGAAGUGUCUUGCAGGAAGCAAAUGGUGAAAGAUAGAGAACUCCGGCAUGGACGAACAGUGGAGAUCAAGCUGGAAGCUUUUGGGCAAUCUUACCUUGAUAAAUAUACAGAUUUUGCAAGAAAGCUUCACGAGUUGAAGCCUGAUUCGGAGUGCAAUCGCCCCGUAAGGUUGAACUUGUUACGUGGGUUUUUCUAUUGGUUGGAGAAUUUACCGCUUCCUGGAUCUUUCCAUCCAUGGCUGGACGAGUCAUGUUUGAAAGUGCUGCCAAGUAGCAAACUAGCUCCCCGGAAUUAGAGUAUUCAGACAUUUAUUUGGAAAGGGGGAGAUGAGGCAGGACAGCUUUUGGGUAGAGGUUUAACUAACUAUUUGAAAGACUCCUGUUGGCGGCAAACAGACUUUCAAAUAUAUGUAUUAUAUAAUAUUGCCUGCUCUAACUGUGUAGUUUGUUGCCAUCACUGUACAUCUGGACUACUCCCCUUGUUGUCGUCGUUGAAUAUGAUCCUGGGUUUCCCCAUGCUGAAAUUGAGCGUCUUUGCCCUCAUGUUGUAUUUGAUCUCUCCAUCGUACAGCAGCUUCCUUAUGUAAUGUUCAAUGUCCGAACCGAUUAGUCGAAGCGUGUAUUCCGUCAAUGGUGCUCCCUGCUUUCAACACAGAAUCGUCAGAAACUUGGUCCUAGCAAGACAGAUCACAAAUUGCAAUGGCAUUGAGUUGAAACAGAUUGCAGGUAUUGUUCUGUACUGUUUGUUAUAAUGGGACUAGGAAGUGGAGAGGAGCAUGCCGGUUUGAUUUAAGCCGCGAAAAAGGACAUGACAAAUCGGUGUGGUUUGACCCGAACUGUGAAUCAUGUAGUUCUGGCCGGCUUGUGAUCGAAACUGCUAUCGAAAAUUCGAAAUCAGCUCUAAAUAGAAGGAUCAUUUUGGUUUAGUUUCUUUCUACCGAAUGAAAACGUAUACCAAAACCAAUUUACUGUGUUAAUUUGCUCGAAACCCCUCUUCAUUUGUGGUUAUGAACACCAGCAGGACGUGUGCUUAGGCACGUCGAAUCGGUGUUCCUAACCAUAUAAAGCAUCAAAUUGGCUUUGAUCACGGUAUAGGUUUGCUCAACAGUGGUAUGAUGAGGUUCAACCAUGACCGUUGCCCGCCACUGAAAGGAAGCAUAGUUACCUCAUAGUGAUCGACGAGCUCCUGGAAGUAAGAGUAGACCUUGGUGCAGGUAACAUCAUCCCACACGAACUCGUUGGUCGGGUCGAGGAUAAGAGUGAGCUUAUCCAUCUGCGUCUGGUCCAUCUCGCAGGUCACGGGGUCGAUGUAGGCAGCAAAGAUCCUGACGUGGCGAGUGGUGCUGCUCAGCCACUCCCCUCCAUACUCCUUCCCCAUGUUCUUGCUCUUCACGUUGAUCUGUGGCUCCACCGGCCUCGGUGUGGUUGGCUGCUUCUUCACUGGAAGGGUCUCGUUUGUGGUGUCUACCUUGGUCGUCUCCUCGAGCGUUUCUUGUUGUUGUUGUUGUUGCUGUGCUGAAACUGAAAGUACCCUUCUGUUGUUGUUUCUCAAGUGUCGUUUGCCAACCAUACCUGCCGUGGAGAAGGCCAUGUAAGAUGAUGAUGCAGCAGAUGCCAUUGAUGAAUGCUGGUCGAGAGAGUGAAAAUGGGAUAAUGGGUUCUGCUAUGGGUGUUUUGGUGGAACUUUCUGUUGCAACCAUUUUCAGUUGGGAAGGCUUUGUGUAGGGCCAAUGUGCUUUAGGUCCAUUUAUUUUUGGGGAUAGGAUAAAAUUUGGGUAUUUCACUACAGAAAUGGAGGGUAGAAGAAAGAGCGCAGGUCCAUUUUUUUCUCGCAUGAGCUAAAUUUAUUUUAUUUUAUUUU